CAAGUCGGAUGCGUUUUUCGAGGCGCAGUUAGGCGAGAAUCGUCCGAGUAUCACGACCAGUUCAGUUAUUCGCGAUAAAUAAUGCAUUGGGUGGACUGGUCCGACAAGCGUUCUGUCAAACGUAGAAUGGUCAAAGUGGGGGAGGACAGCGAUGGAUCUACCCUCGUCGUCGCUAGGUGCUGGAGGGACGACGAUCUCAUUCCUUGCAAGGCUAGACCGGCACAGGGGAUAGCUUUCUGCGCUCAUCAGAACAGAGAAUGGAACAUGUAUCGUUUUUCGGUUUUGAUGAUGGAUAGGGAUGACUAUGAAUGGGUGAAGGUUAAUAAUCUUCGAAUCCCUGACAAUGCAAUCGUGGCGGGCCGAACGAAAGAAGGCGAGCCUCUCUACGUUGGUCGAACCACUCACAAUGACUACGACGUUGCAGGGAAGGUGUCACACAACAGCGGCUUGCUAUACUAUUCUUAUUAUUGGACGGAGUACGUCAGCAGAAGCUAUCAGAUUUUGGUGGAAAAGGAUUAUAUUCAAGUUUUGCUGGAAAUGGCCUUGAAUUUAUCAGACAUGUCAAGACGUCCGGACCCCGAAUCUCUGUGCGUCAGCCCUUCCGCGAAUCCAAUCUCCCUCUCUUGUCAGUCAAACCGUUUUUUCACCCUGUUAUCUGAAUUACGUCACAGUGGGCGGUGUCGAGUGGGUCUACCGACUCGGUUGGCACUUGGCAGUUGCUCUACGAUCAGGCCACUAGCGAGGAAGUGGAUCGAGGAGAAGAAACUCGGGAAUCGGUGGCUCAGCAAUAUUUCAAAAUCAAAAAUGCCAGGAGGUUACAGGUGGGUGAGGUACUCAGGUGCACGUUAUGUCGUACCUGGGAUGGUAACAGUGGGCCAUGACCUCGAUGGUAGCUGUCUUGUUGUCGGCAGGGCCCAUCAUCAGGGCGAUAUUCUACCGGCCAAGGCUAAACCCGAGCAUGGGGUCGCCUAUGUUGCCUACGGCGGGAGUGAAAUUAUAAAACAUGAUUUUGAGGUGUUGAUGCCAGCGGAGUUUAGAUGGAUACCAUCAAGUAACGGUCACGUUCCUCCUGGCGCUGUCGACGGUGGUCGAACAAGUUCAGGAGAGCCUCUCUACGUGGGUCGAGCCAUCCACAAUGGGGUACCAUGCGUAGGAAAGGUACACCCUAGCCAUGGAAGUCUGUACAUCCCUUACAAUGGACAGGAGAUUCCUUUGAGACAAUACGAGGUCUUGGUUCAACACUGAAAUCCACAGGCUCAUGUGUUGAGGAAUUAUGAUGUUGUGAUGAAUGCCUAAUAAAGUAUUUUUAUUAUAUUCCCAAACUUCUACAUUAGAACUAAUGGAUUUGACAAGUCUCACGUAAGAGAUAAACCAAUUAAAUCAAAGUUAUUUAAUUGAAAUGUCGAUGAAUGUGAGAAUGACAAUGAAUGGGAUACUCAGACAAUUAAAUUCUAGUUAAUACGAAAAAUAAAUUUUUGCGUCCAGAAAAUAUUUGUUAACGCAUUUUUACAUUGACUACCGAAACUUUUUGAUGAAGGGGACAAAUAAUUCAAUGAUGUUUCUCGUGAUAAAAUUCGUCAAUAAAAUGAAACGCAUUGAUGAAUACAAGAGGGAAUUACGCGUUGAUCCGAAUGGAUUGUAAACAAAAUUGUGGAUAUACCUAUUCCCCAGAAAUAAUUAUUUCUACAUUAAAACAUGACUUAGAACAAUUAAAUACAAGUUGUCCAAUUGAUAAUUUUAAUGAAAUAUUCUGACAAUGCAAAUCUAGCGAAUAUGCAUAAUAAUAUGAAAAAAAAUUGUUACU